GUUUUUGGCAUGUAGUCAUAGACUCUGACGAGGGAGUAAUGGAGUCGCUGAGUGGCAGGUGCUGACAGCUUCUGCAGCCCCAGUAACUGCUCAUUUUGGUGUCAUUUGCAAUUCUGUACCUCUAAAUGCCACAGCUCUCUGGGGGAAGGUUGCGCUGGACACCGGUACUGCCUCGGAAGACUGUGACGCCAUGGGGAACGCGGAGAGCCAGAGCGUGGAGCACGCCUUCUACGGGGACAAGCACGCCGGCCUGGGCCGCAAGCACACCUCCCGCUCCCUGCGCCUCUCCGGCAAGGCCUCCCGCCGCUCCCGCCACGCCUCCUCCGGCAAAAUCAUCCACCGCAACUCCGAGGUGAGCACCCGCUCCAGCAGCACGCCCAGCAUCCCCCAGUCCCUGGCGGAGAACGGCCUGGAGCCCUUCGCCCCGGAGGCCAACCUGGAGGACUUCGGGAGCCCCAUGUGGGUGGACCGCGUGGACAUGGGCCUGCGGCCCGUGUCCUACCACACCGACUCGUCGGUGACGCCCAGCGUGGACAGCAGCACCGUCCUCACGGCCGCCUCCGUGCAGAGCAUGCCCGACUCGGAGGAGAGCAGGCUCUACGGGGACGAGCCGCCCUUCCUGGCGGAGGGCGACGGCAGGGGACACCGGUACGCGGCCAACGGCACCGGCUUCAUGGACGCGGCCAGCUUCAAGAAGAAGCGCUCCAAGUCCGCCGACAUCUGGCGCGAGGACAGCCUGGAGUUCUCGCUCUCCGACCUCAGCCAGGAGCACUUGACGAGCAACGAGGAGAUCCUGGGCUUGGCCGAGGAGAAGGACGCCGAGGCCGCCCCGGGCACGGAGGCCGGGGGCAGCCCGCAGGCCCUGGUCGCCUGCCAACGUGCCAACUCCAUGAGUGACUUGUAUUCCCCCAAAACCCCGGGCGCUGCCAUGAACGGGGGCCCGCGGAACGCCUUCGGAGGGUACUGCCGGAACCUGGUGUCCGACAUCCCCGAUAUCGGGAGCCAUAAGAUGGCCUCGGUCACCGCCGAGGACGCGCCCUCUUCCUACAGCAACUACAACACGCUGCCCUGCAGGAAGUCACACUGCCUCUCCGAAGGGGCCACCAACCCCCAGAUCAGCCACAGCAGCAGCAUGCAGGGCAGGAGGGCCAAAACCACUCAGGACGUCAACGCCGGCGAGGGGAGCGAGUUCACCGACAGCGGCAUCGAGGGAGCGGCCACCGACACCGACCUGCUGUCCCGGCGCUCCAAUGCCACCACCUCCAGCUACUCCCCCACGGCCAGCCGGGCCUUCAUCGGCAGCGACAGCGGGAGCAGCUCCACGGGCGAUGGGCUCCGGCAGGGCGUCUACGAGAACUUCCGCCGGGAGCUGGAGAUGAGCACGGCCAACAGCGGCGAGCUGGAGGAGGCCGGCUCUGCCCUCAGCGACGAGCAGAGCAGCGGCACCCUCAGCUCCCCCGGCCAGUCCGACAUCCUGCUGACGGCCGCCCAGGGCACUGUGAGGAAGGCGGGAGCCCUGGCCGUGAAGAACUUCCUGGUGCACAAGAAGAACAAGAAGGUGGAGUCGGCCACGCGCAGGAAGUGGAAGCACUACUGGGUUUCCCUGAAAGGGUGCACGUUGUUCUUCUACGAGACGGAUGGCAGGUCUGGCAUUGACCACAACAGCAUCCCAAAACACGCCGUCUGGGUGGAGAACAGCAUCGUGCAGGCUGUGCCUGAGCACCCCAAGAAGGACUUUGUCUUCUGUCUCAGCAACUCCCUUGGGGAUGCUUUCCUCUUCCAGACCUCCAGCCAGACGGAGCUGGAGAACUGGAUCACGGCGAUCCACUCGGCCUGCGCGACCGCGGUGGCGCGGCAGCACCACAAGGAGGACACCGUGAAGCUCCUCAAGACCGAGAUCAAAAAGCUGGAGCAGAAGAUCGACAUGGACGAGAAGAUGAAGAAGAUGGGCGAAAUGCAGCUGUCCUCUGUCACGGACUCCAAGAAGAAGAAGACCAUCCUGGAUCAAAUCUUCGUUUGGGAGCAGAAUCUGGAGCAGUUCCAGAUGGACCUGUUCCGGUACCGCUGUUACCUGGCGAGUCUCCAGGGAGGGGAGCUCCCCAACCCCAAAAGGCUCCUGGCUUUCGCCAGCCGGCCCACCAAGGUCGCCAUGGGCCGCCUUGGCAUCUUCUCAGUCUCGUCCUUCCAUGCCCUGGUGGCGGCUCGCACGGGGGAGUCGGGAGUGAGGAGAAGGACACAGGCCAUGUCCAGGUCUGCCAGCAAACGGAGAAGCAGGUUUUCUUCUCUUUGGGGGCUGGAUACUACCUCGAAGAAAAAGCAAGGGAGGCCCAGCAUUAAUCAGGUGUUUGGUGAAGGAGUCGACUCCGUAAAGAAAUCCCUGGAAGGGAUCUUUGACGACACAGUCCCGGAUGGCAAGAGGGAGAAAGAAGUGGCGCUGAGCAGCGUCCAUCAGCACAACCCCGACUGUGACAUUUGGGUUCACGAGUACUUCACGCCGUCGUGGUUCUGCCUGCCCAACAACCAGCCUGCCCUGACCGUCAUCCGUCCUGGGGACACCACGAGGGACGUGCUGGAGAUGAUCUGCAAGACCCACCAGCUGGAUCUCUCAGCUCACUACCUGCGGCUCAAAUUCCUCGUGGAGAACCAGCUCCAGCUCUACGUCCCAAAGCCAGAAGAGGAGAUCUAUGAACUGCUGUACAAAGAGAUAGAAAUCUGCCAGAAAAUCACGCAGCACAUUCAAAUCGAGAAGUCUGAUGCGUCCUCUGAUAUUUAUGGUUUCUCUCUGUCCUCCGUGGAAGAAGAAGGGGUUCGUCGGCUCUACGUGAACGGCGUCAAGGAGACAGGCCUAGCUUUCAAAAAAGGCCUGAAAGCCGGUGAUGAAAUCGUGGAGAUCAACAAGAGGGCGGCCGAGGAGCUGGACUCGGCCCUGCUGAAGGACGCCCUGGUGCAGCCCGCGCUGUGUCUCACCGUGCGCACCCACCCCGACAUAGAGGAGGGGCAGAGGCUGCUGCAGCCGCCCCCACGGCGCCUGGAGAACCCGCCCGAGCUGGGGGACAGCACCCUGGUGUUUGCUGGGGGCAGCCAAGGGCACUCCCUUUGUGGUGACCCGGACAGCUCUGCCGACACAGCUCCAGAGGAGGCGGAAAGGCAGGACCUGGAGUCGUCCGACGAGGCCGAUAAGAUGAGCAAGAGCACAGAGCAGGUCGCUGCUUUCUGUCGCAGUCUGCAUGAAAUGAACCCUUCUGACUCCAGUGCUCACCCUCAGGAAUUUGCAGGACCCCAGCUGGCCACCAUGAGACAGCUCACGGACGCAGACAAGCUGCGGAAGGUCAUCUGUGAGCUGCUGGAGACGGAACGCACCUACGUCAAGGACUUAAACUGCCUAAUGGAGAGAUACCUGAAGCCUCUACAAAAAGAAACGUUCCUCACACCGGAUGAGCUGGAUGUUCUCUUUGGGAAUCUGACUGAAAUGGUAGCAUUCCAGGUAGAGUUCUUGAAAACUCUGGAAGAUGGAGUAAGGCUGGUUCCAGACCUGGAAAAGCUUGAAAAAGUUGAGCAAUUUAAGAAAGUGUUGUUCUCCUUGGGUGGAUCCUUCCUGUACUACGCUGACCGGUUCAAGCUGUACAGUGCCUUCUGUGCCAGCCACACGAAAGUCCCCAAAGUCCUGGUGAAAGCCAAGACAGACACUGCUUUCAAGGCAUUCCUGGAUGCCCAGAACCCCCGACGGCAGCACUCCUCCACGCUGGAGUCUUACCUCAUCAAACCCAUCCAGCGGAUCCUGAAAUACCCUCUCCUGCUGAAGGAGCUCUUUGCUCUCACUGACGUGGACAGUGAAGAACAUUAUCACCUUGAUGUGGCCAUCAAAACGAUGAACAAGGUUGCCAGCCACAUUAAUGAAAUGCAGAAGAUCCACGAGGAGUAUGGGGCAGUGUUUGACCAGCUCAUAGCAGAGCAAACAGGGGAGAAAAAAGAGGUCGCCGACCUUUCCAUGGGGGAUUUGCUCCUGCAUAAUACAGUGAUAUGGCUGAAUCCUCCUGCUUCCCUGGGCAAGUGGAAGAAGGAACCUGAGCUGGCAGCAUUUGUGUUCAAAACUGCCGUGGUCCUUGUAUACAAGGAUGGCUCCAAACAGAAGAAGAAACUUGGAGGAUCACAUAGAGCUUCAAUUUAUGAAGACUGGGAUCCGUUCCGAUUUCGCCACAUGAUACCUUUGGAAGCCCUGCAAGUUCGGGCCUUGGCCAGUGCAGAUGCAGAGACCAAUUCUGUGUGUGAGAUUGUCCACGUUAAAUCUGAGUCUGAGGGCAGGCCAGAAAGGACAUUUCACCUUUGCUGUAGCUCACCAGAACACAGGAAGGACUUUCUGAAGGCAGUGCACUCGAUCCUGCGGGACAAACACCGGAGACAGCUUCUUAAAACCGAAAGCUUGCCCUCAUCCCAGCAAUAUGUUCCUUUUGGUGGAAAAAGAUUGUGUGCUCUAAAAGGUGCAAGGCCAGCCAUGAACAGGGCAGUGUCAGCCCCAAGCAAGUCUCUUGGGAGGAGGAGGCGGCGGCUGGCCCGAAACAGGUUUACCAUUGACUCAGACGCCGUCUACACGAGCAGCCCCGAAAAAGAGCCCCAGCAGCCCACGCACGGGGGGGACACUGACCGCUGGGUCGAGGAACAGUUUGACCUCGCUCAGUACGAGGAGCAGGAGGACAUCAAGGAGACGGACAUCCUCAGCGACGACGACGAGUACUGCGAGGCCGUGCGGGGCGGCGCGGCCGAGCGGGACCUGCGGGAGCGGCUGCAGGCGGCCUCCAUCGCGGGCCAGCCCUGCCGGGGGGACGCCCACGCCGCCAGGAUGACCCAGCUCAAGAAGCAGGCGGCCCUGUCCGGCAUCAACGGCGACGUGGAGGGGGGACACGGCGAGGAGGUCAUCUGGGUCAGGCGCGAAGACUUUGUCCCCGGCAGGAAGCUCAACACGGAGCUCUAAGCCCCCCCCCCGCUGACCCUUCGCCCCACCUGGAUCGCGUAGGUCUCCCCUUCCACCCCUCCCUCCCGCUCCCAUGGAGAGCUGAUCCCCAUAGAUUGCACACUUGCACACACCAUUUCGGCAGCUGAAUCGGUCCGAAGCCAUGAGGCCACACUUUUUAGGCAACGUUUUGUCAAACGCUCAAAAAAACCGGGAACGGGUUAAAAGCUUGAGGUCCUGUCUUACGUUACCAAGGGCUUUCACACUAUUUUAUUUAUUCUGGAGUAAUCAGGGGCUGAAAUUAAAAGUACGGGGAGAAAAAACAUAAUCACUGGAAAACAAAUCACUCUGGAUGUCUUAACCUACGUGCAGCGAACUAGCUUAAAACAAGAGCACAAGGACGGAGGGGUUUAGAGCCGUAAAAGCCGUCGGUCGUAGGUUCAUCUCCUUCAUGAGCAAACUGCCUUUUUAACCUGUACAGUUGCAGUAUUCUUAUUUUCUCUUUUUUCCCUCUUUAAAUGUAAGAGAAAUAUACGUGUAUUUUAGGAAUGCGUGAGGAAAGGUUUGGGAUUUAUGUUGUGUUAAAAGUCCUCUCGGUCCGUGGCUGGUCUAAUUUAAUGUCAAUGUUGGAAGCUCUAGUUUUACAUGCUGUUAUAAAGAUGCCAAACUCUCUUAAAGAGAUCCAAAUUUAACACUUGAAGAAAUAUUUUUUUGUAUUUUACCUGAGAUGGCAGGGGCACAAAGGGAUAAGAGUCUUACGGCGUUAGCGUAGCUCCACGUCUAUAGGAUAUACAGGACUAGCUUUUUGCAGAGGGUUAGGAACGGUGGUUUUAUAUUAAAAUAUGAACUGGAAACUCUUAUUUAGGUAUAACUUUCUUGAGGAAAAGGAUUAUUGUAUAUGUUUGAGACUGGAGUUUAGUUAGAUAAUAAAAAGAAUAAUAAAUAAAACGACACGACUGAAUUGUGGUGGACCAAGCUGAUCCGUGGUGGGACUUCUCUGGAGCCACAGAUCCGUCUGGUCCACUCUCUCUGGCAGAGUUUGGGCUUAGGGGACAGGGAAUUCAUGGCCAAAAAACUGACCUCAUCCACUCUCCUACCGUGGGUGAAACUAGUGUAUUUUAAUUCCUUUAUAAAAGCUUUUUCACUGCAGUAGAGUACGAACAGGCUCUACACAAGCAAACCUUUAACAUUUGAAAUCUUUUAUUUAAACAUCUAAAACAGGGUAAAAAUGAUGUGACAAAAAUCUCGUGGUUUUUAAGUAGACUUCCAAAUGCGAAACACAAAAUAGCACUUUUUUUUUUUUUUUUUUUAAGAUUUAUAUAGCUUUUCCCAUUGCAGUUUCACCUAUAGGAAAAAAAAAAAAAAGGAAGAUAAUAUGAAAUUCUCUUUUUUUGUUUUGUUUUGUUGGUAUCUAUUGAUGUUUGACACAUUAGUAGGUACUUUGAAAACCUGAAAUUUUAUAAUAGCUUUAGGAUUAUAUUUUAUAAAAUCCACUCCGACUAUAUUUUAAAACAUAACAAAAACUAUCCCCCCACAAAAUAUCCAUCACUUGUCUGUGUGUCCCACUUAGCAUUCUCCCCUUGCCCUCACCCCCUCCCCUCCCUGGUUUCUGGUGCACUAUACUUGACCUUAUGAAAGCUUUCUCUAUCAACUUUUUUGCUAUAUCUCCCGAUUUUCUUUUCCUAAAAGCUUUAGAAGAGUUUCUAUACCCUUUGUAUGACCACAGCAUUGUUUUAUAUCAUCCACCUGUCAGUUGUGUCCCAGCGUGCUGGAGGAGCGGCGGUUUUUGCCCUGGGCUGUUCCCAGUGGAUGCAGCCAGAGCUCAAAUACUGGAAGGCUGGUACUGGGAAGGUACCGUGGCUCUUGUACAUAAAUGUCAUGACAUGUCUAUGUCAAAGGUUCUUAUAUAUUUCUUUUAUAAGCUGAAAGAAGGUCUAUUUUUAUGUUUUUAGUUCUAUGAAUGGAACGUUGUAAAUGCCUGUCAGAAAUAAAAUACUGGGAAAAA